AUGGCUGACUUACCUAAAGAGCGCAUUCAGACUACACGCGCUUUUAUGAUAACUGGGGUAGAUUAUUGUGGCCCAUUUUAUUAUAAGUCUGAAAUUCGCAACAAAUCUCCACAAAAAUGUUACCUGAGUGUCUUCAUCUGCUUUUCAACAAAGGCAAUUUGGAUAGAACUAGUAAAAGAUCUUUCUACUGACGCCUUUUUAGGCGCUCUCAAACGCUUCGUCGCUACGCGCGGCAUACCUAGCUGCAUCUGGUCAGACAACGCCACAAACUUUGUGGGCGCUAGAAACGAGUUAAACGACUUACGAAAUUUAGUCCUCAAUGAAAAUCAUCGUAGCGCAGUUAAUAACUACUGCAUUAGCAAUGGAUUUGAUUGGCGCUUCAUACCGCCUCGUUCGCCGCAUUUUGGGGGCCUAUGGGAGGCAGCGGUUAAAACAGCCAAGCAGCAUCUAUAUCGUUCAGUUGGGUCCUCAAUUCUUGGAUUUGACGAAUUGCGUACUUUGGUAUGUCAAAUAACAGCUAUAAUAAAUUCGCCUCCUCUUGUUCCACUUUCAGAGAAUCCAGAAGAUCUUGAUGUGCUUACGCCAGGUCACUUUUUGAUUGGUGGCCCACCAACCGCUUUUCCUGAACCCAAUCUUACGUCGCUGAAUUAUAACCGGCUCAAUCAAUGGCAACGCGUAUCCUACAUUCAACAAAUUUUCUGGAAGCGUUGGAGUCAAGAAUAUCUAACUAUUCUACAGCAGCGAGUUAAAUGGCGGACGCCUCAGCCUAGCAUCCAGGUCAACGACAUUGUGUGCAUCAAAGAGGAAAACACGGCUCCACUAAAAUGGCCUUUGGUACGGGUAGUCGAACUCAUCACUGGAACUGACGAUGUUGCACGAGUAGCCGUCUUGCGUACACCUACUGGCAUUACACGUAGAGCUAUCAAUAAGCUGUGCGUCCUUCCUGUAAAUGCUUCUGUUGAAAGCCCUGACCUUUCAACGGGGGGGAGGAUGUUCGGAGCAGCAGCUAAUCCCGCUACACAACCUACAAACUAA